AUGAACGCUGUGGCUGAGGUAGUGCGUGAGGCUGCAGUAGCAGCGGCUAGGGCUGUUGAUCGUCUUGGAGUGAGAAAUGAGAAUGAGAAUGAGCAUGGGGAAGAUAGUCGAAAUGAUGAGAAUAACUUGGGGCAUUUCGAAAGACCUAUCACCCUUGCAACUUUUCUGAAGGUUAAACCACCUAAGUUUAAAGGUACACUCGUUGCGACUGAUGCUGACAACUGGUUUCGAGCUAUCGAACGAUCACUGCGAGCACAGCAUGUUCCGGAAGGCCAACACGUGGAGUUCGCUACUUAUAUGCUGGAAGGAGAAGCUGAGCAUUGGUGGCAGGGGAUACAGCGACUGUUGCAACAAGAUGAAGGCGUUAUUCCUUGGAAUACUUUUAAGGAUGAAUUUUAUAAGAAGUAUUUUCUGAGGGCAGCUCGUGAUGCUAAGGAGAUGGAACUUAUGCAGCUGAAACAGGGUAACAUAACUAUUGCAGAAUAUGCCCAUAAGUUUGAUGACUUGUGCCGUUUCUCCAUGAUCUGCCAAGGGAAUCCUGCUGACUUUGAAGAAUGGAAGUGUUUGAAGUUCGAAGGGGGCCUUCGUGAGGAUCUGAUGAGUUCAGUAGUUCCAUUGGAGAUACAAAAUUUUGCUGAGCUGGUUAAUAAGUGUAAGUUAGUAGAAGAAUGUGCUAAGAAGGUUGGUAACAUCCCUACUCGCCCUACGGGUGGAAACGGAGGUAGACCAAGGCAGGAUAAUGGUAAACGACCUCAACAGGCACAAGUGAAUAUUGCAUGUAGGCAGUGUGGAAAGGAUCAUGGUACCAGGCCUUGCCAAAUCAGAACAUUUACUUGUUACAAUUGUGGGGAACCGGGACACUUGGCGAGGAGUUGCCCAAAAGGACUUUCUCGAAAUCCAAUACGAACCUAG